AGGAAAAGUUGGAAUCCAACCAGAAAGAGCUAGAAGCAGCCCAGGCUCUUGCAGCUGCUGAACCAGGCAGUGUUAAUGAGCAUAAAUUACAGGAGCUUGUUGAGCAAAGAAGAAAUUUGAGUGCAGACCUAAAUGCAACAGUUUCAAGUAUACAAAAAGCACAGCGUCGUACCUCUGAAGCACUUCGAUUUGAACCACCUGUUGAAAAAGAAUUAUUUGAAUUAGCUGUUAAGAAGCAGCGUUUACAGGCCAACUUGGAAUCCAAUUGGAAAGAGCUACAGGAAGCUCAGACACUUGCAGCUACCGAACCAGGCAGUAUCAGUGAACAUAAACUACAGCAGCUCACUGAGGAAAGAAGACUCAUGACUCAAGAUCUAAAGGAAACUAUGCACAAUAUGCAAAAUGCUGAACGCCGUGCUUCAGAAAGGGCUCUGAUUGAAACACCCACUGGAAGGAAGUUCUAUGAUCUCUUGGAGAAGAAGCAACAGUUGCAGGCAGAUUUGGAAUCCAACUGGGAAAAGCUACAAGAAGCUGAGGCUCUUAUAGCUACCCAGCCAGGAAUUAUCAGUGAGCGUAAACUAGAGGAACUGGCUGAAGAAAGGAAGCGUUUGACUAAAGAACUAGCUGCAACUGCAGAAGAUAUAUUGGAAGCCCAUCGCCAGGCUUCAGAAAAAGCUCUGUUUAGGAAACCUGCUGAAAAAGAGUUAUAUGCACUGUCAGAGAAGAAACAAAUGUUACUGCAAAAUUUGAAAGGGCUGCAGGAAGCUCAGGCUCUUGCAGCAACCCAAUCUGGCAUUGUUGGUGAGGAGAAACGGAAACAGCUUGCUGAGCAAAAACAACGUUUGGCUGCUGAUCUAGAGGCAACUAUGCAUGAUAUACAAAAGGCACAGCGUCAUGUUUCAGUGGCGCCUAUAACUAUGUCACCUAGUGAAAAUGAAUUAUAUGCACUAUCGGAGAAGAAAUCUCUGAUACUGGAAAGUUUGGCAUUCAAUCGGAAACAGCUACAGGAAGCUCAGGCGCUUGCUGCUCUGCAUCCAGGCACUGACAGUGACCAUAAAUUAGAAGAAUUAGCUCAAGAAAGAAAGCGUUUGACUGAAGAUCUAAGAGAAGCUGUGCAUAGUCUACAUGAAAUAGAGCGGCGUUCUUCACAAAAAGGACAGAUUGAUUCUGCUGAAGAAGAAUUAGAAGAAUUGGCUAUGAAGAAGACACAGUUGCUGCAAAAGUUGGAAUCCAAUCAGAGACUACUAGAAGAAGCUGAAGUUCUUGAAGCUGCUCAGCCAGGCACAAUCAAUAAGCAUAAACUAAAGGAGGUAACUGAGGAAAGAAAACGUUUGACUGCAGAACUAGAAGAAAUUCUACACAAGAUGGUACUAAAAGAUGUACAGCUUCAGGUUUCAAAACCACCUGAGAAGGAAUUAUAUAAACUGUCAGAGUGGAAGCAACAUUUAUUGGACAGUUUGGAAUCCAACCUGAAAGAGCUAGAAGAAGCUUGGGCUCUUGCAGCUACCCAACCAGGCCCUAGCAGUGAUAAUCUAUUAAAGAAGUUAAAUGAGGAAAGAAAGACUUUGAUUGAAAACCUGGAAAGAGUUGUGGAAGAUUCACAGAAAAUGAAAUCUCGUCUUUCUGAGACAGGUGGAGUAAUAAGACCCAUUGAAAGGGAUUUAAGUCAUCUUUUACAGAAGAAAAAACUGUUUUUGGAACGCUUGGAAUCAAAUCUCAAAAACUGGCUAGAAGCACAAACACUUGCAGCUACUCAACCAAGCAGUAUCAAUGAGAAAAAAUUUCAACACCUCACUGAACAAAGAAGGCUUUUGGCUGCAGGCCUGGAAGCAAUUAUUCAAGAUAUACAAAAUAUACAGGAUACUGAUUCAGAAAAACAAAUGAAAGACAGAGAAAUGGCUUUGAAACAACUACAUGAAAAAAAGAAAGUGUUUUUGGAAAAUUUGAGAACAAAUUUUAGACAACUGCAAGAAGCCAAGGCUCUUGCAGCUGCCGAGCCAGGUGGUAUCAGUGAGCUAAAGGUACAAGAGCUCAUUCAGCAAAGAAGACUUUUGACUGCAGGUUUAGAUGCAAUUAUGCAAAGCAUGCAAGAGAUAGAAAAUCUUAUUGCAGGCAAUGUGGAAGUAGCAAAACCCAGUGAAAUUGAAUUAGACAGAAUAUAUGAGAGAAGAACAUUACUUUUGGAAAACAUGGAAUUAAAUCUGCAAGAGCUGAAAGACCUUGCAAAAGGUGGUGUAAGUGAGAAGAAAAUACAGGCGAUAAGUGAGAAAAGAAACCGUUUGAUUUCUAGUUUUGAGGCAAUUCUUCAAAAUAUGGAAGAAGCACUUAGUUUAGACCAAGGAGCAAGGACAAGACCUGAUGAGAGAAAUAUCAGUGAUCUCAUAGAACUUUCCAAUCUAGAAUCAAAACUGGAUGAGAUGCAAAAUCUAGGAGUUUUUACAGGCUUUCAACUGGAUACUAUAAGGAAAAAAAUGUGCAAACUAAAAGAACAAAAAAAGAAAUUGAUUAGUAAAUGGGAAAAAUAUUUUCUAAAAGAGUAUCCAGAAGGAUAUAUACCUGAACCCACCAAAAAAGGCAAAACACCCAAAGAAUUAGCUGGGAAAGGUUUGUUCUCAUAUUUGCGAUCAAGUAUCAAAGAUCUGCAAGAACAAGGCAUUAUUCGGCAAGAUAGCAUGUCUGAGGUAGAAUUGGAUCAGCUAGCAAAAGAAGAAAGAAUUGUGGACAGAUAUUUUGAAGAAGUUCCAAUAGAAUUCCUGCCUUCAGAGGUUGCUGCUUUAAGUACACAAUAUGAGGAUGAGAAAUCAUUAAAACGAAGGGCUUUGGCUGCAAAAUUGGAGGCAAAUAUAAGAGAUCUUCAAUCUGCUCUUCAAGUAGAUAAACUAGAAAAACCUAAAUUUGAGAUACCAAAAAGCGUUUUACGGACAACAGGCAAACGGAGACUUAGUUCACUUGAGCCAUCAGAUCAGCUCGCAUUGAGACCACAACUUUCAGGGCUGCAGAUACACAUAAGUAAAGUACCUGUGGCUAACAGAAUCAAGCAUGAUAGCAAAACAGUAGAUGCAGGAUACGAUACGACAGUCCAGGAGGAGAAAGACCAACUUCUAAAGAGGGACAUAGAACUGGCAUUAAAAGGACGGCUUCUGGAAGAAUUUCCAGAGAGCAAAGUAUCUUUGCCACAAUUGGAUAGUUCUUCUUACCUUCAUGCAAAUUCACACAGACUUGCUUUGGAGGCUGCAAUGCAAGAAAUAUUAGAGUUUAACAAGAAUUUACUUCCAAGCCAUAGAACAAAUCUGCAACAAGCAUUGCAUCUUGCAAGUUAUCAGUUACAACAAAAACAGCUACAACAACAUCAAGCCAAUGCGCUUGUUGACAAGUUCAGAAAUAUGCCAUUAUUUCCCCCACCACCACCUGGGACAGCUAGGUUCCAGGACUAUACUAUACCUGUUCAAAAAUCAGGAUGGGAAACAAACCAGUUACCACAAAAAGACUACUUCCAAAAGCUUGCAUUAUUAAAACGAAGGAUUUUGGGGCCAGAGAUGAAAGGGGGAGGUCCUUCAUCAGUCACUCAGGGAGAUGUUCAAGAUCAAGUAGAGGACCCAAUUGUUAUUUCUGGAAAAGGAUGCAACCCCUACAGAAAAGAAACCACCUUCCCAGUCAUAAAGCAAAGUUCAAAACAUAAAUGACCUUAUUAUUGUGUUUUUAGAGACUGAGUCAGUGAUGCAGCCAUCUUAUAAAAUUCAUCUUUGCUGAACUGUGAAAAGGAAACAUGAAAACCUAUGCUGUUGUAUGAAUUUGUUUUGAGAACUUAAUUGUACUAGAACAGCAGUUAAAAUAUAUGAUACCUGAACCACCAAUGCUCUAAUAGUAGUAAUUUUUUAAAAUUGUUUAGCAGAUCAUAACUAGGUUAUUUGUGACCAAAGCUACGUACAUUUUUAUCUGGCUAUGGUACAACCAACCCCAUAAUCAGAUGUUUGAAACCAACCAGAUCCUUCGCCCUAGAAUUGAUCACAAAACACAACUAGAUGUUAGAAGUCAUAUGACACCAACAGGGAGUGAGUAUUGUGGUAAUUCAUGUUAGCUAAAGUACAGAAAUUUGCACUAUACACAUGGUUAGGUAGCCUAGUUCUCACUCAGUUUCAAGUAUGCUAAGUAGUAGUCUUGGUUCUUUGGAUAUGGGGGAUAGCAUCAGCAAUAUUGGAUUUUAUGUUCCUGAAAAAUAAAGGUAGCUUCUCCUCCACCCCAUAACAGUGGUGGGAAACCUCUGGUGAAUAGGCCUAAUUAGGUCUGCCAGACCAUUUUGUGCAUACUACACCCAACUUUCCCUGGCUUGACAUCAACUAUGGUGUCAGAUGUGAUAAAGUUCAAGGUACAGUUAAAAGGAAAAAUCAGGACUACACUCUUAAGUAUGCUCCCAGUUUUUCCUUUAUAUCAAAUAGCUAUGCUUGACUGCCUGGCAUUUGAAUGCUCAGUUUCAACUCAGUGAUUAUUUCUACCUUCAACACUCACAAAGAUCAUCUCACCCCCUUGUGAAAUGUUUCUAAAGGGAGUUAUUCUUCAAUGUCCUUCAGUGGCUAAUCAUUUCCCCUCCUGCCUGCAGGAGUUUCCCUUCAAACCACUAUAACAAGUCUCCCUCAAAGUUAUGUAUUUUAAAGUUCUUUCUCUUAUGGCAGUUAGCUCAGCUCAAAGAUUUUCUGACCUGGGAGCCUUAUCUGUAGCUAAACAUAUGAGCACAUUUCAUAAAGAUAGGGCAGUUCUGAGUAUGGACCCAUCACUUUUGUCUAAGGUUUGUCAAAGCUGCAUGUUCAGCAGGAGGUGAACUUCUGCCCAAAUCCUAGGCAUCCGUUAGAAAAGGCUUGGCUCUCAUUAGAUGUUCACAGAACAGUGAAUGUAUACCGUACAUAAACAGAACAAAGGGCAUUAAGUCCACUGAAUCCCAGUUCAAAUCCUUUCACCCUUCCACAAUGGGUAAAAAGUGUCUGCAGCCACACUCUCUAGAGAUGGAUCAGGGCAUACAUUGAUAUGGCCUAUGAGUUGCUUAAGCCUCCCAGAUCAACAAAUCUGGCAGCGCAUUCCACAAGAUCAGUGGCAACAGUGGCCGCCUUUUCUUCUAAUGUCUCUUAAGUAGAAAUCAUUAGAGCAGCAACUGGUCUGUUCCUAGCACUAUUAUGAGGCACUAUAAGAUGGGCAUGUUUGCUUCAGCAGAGACCACCUUUCGUCCUGCAUCAGGUCCUGCCUCAUUACUUCUGUUGCAGCUGGGACCCACCCUAAUUGGGAAAGCCAUGGUAUGUCCCAACCCAGUGAUUGCACGAUGACCGACUAGUAUGAGUGGUACUCACCUGAAGAGUAGAUUUGUGAGGUCAUCACUGGGGCCUCUCACUAAUAUGGGCUGCAACUGAAAUUCUUCCUAUAUAGCACAAUGUUAUGGUUAUUAUAUUUUGAGUUAAGCUAUGGUUGAUAUUAUUGAUAUUGUUGGGAAGUGUGCUUUUUUGCUUGUUUUUUCCUUACUUGUAAUGUGAGAGUCUGAUGACGGUACAAGCUUGGCAAGUCUGCAAACUGGGAGCCCACCCACUUCCCAGAGCUGUUCAUUCCUGCCUUCGACACCAGAGGGAGUCAUAGCCCAACACAGUGAACGCAUGGUGACCUCACAAAUCUACUCAUUCAUGUAAACAGGUGGAGGGUGUGUGCCUGGUUGAGAGCAAAAUGCCCUAAUCCAGCUGCAAUCCUGCCUUCAAGCUUAGAGAAAUCUCACCUGAGAACAUAUUCACUCCAAGUAAAAUACCCUUUACAGGUUUCUUCAAGGGGUACUAAGUUACAAAGCGCAGAAAGGAAAUUCAGGUGUGAUGUUUUAAAAGAUUUUUUAUUUAAUAAAUAACUUCCAUGAUAGCACUGUAAAAAGUGAACAUUUGUUAAAAUAAAAGGCACUUAAAAUAAGAAUGUGGAUAGUAUAGAACACAUGACAGAAUGGGCAGCGGCAAAUAUACAUGGCACAUCAAACAAUGUUAUCUCAGAACUGAAAGUCAUGUUACAUGACAAUUGUGCAGUCUUAGCUACAAUAUGAAGGUAAAUUUACAGCCAAGACUGCAAAAAGUUGUUUUUACAACAAUCAUCUUACACAAAAUGAAAUCAAAUACAUUAAAGAAAAAGGUGACAAAGCACCAGGCUUUAACCUAAGCAAAAACAUUAGAAAAACCACCACCAUCGAUGAAUUAAGGCCCUUAUGCAUUCAGAAGAUGUAUUGGCAGACUUUUUUUCUGUACCAAAGUCAGGAUUUGAGUUUACAAAGUAAAAUUCUUUUUCGGUCACCAUGCAGCAAUGUUAUAAAAAAAGAAUGGCACAAUAUUAAAGCUAUUAUUCUGAAUCUAUUUUUUCUUCCUAUUUCUUAUACAUCACCCCUGACAGUUUAAAAUGCAUCUGUACAUAUUAAAUUGUCUUUUA